AUGCGUAAUAUUUCACUGUCAGAUUCAACCCUUUCUGCGGAGGAUUUAUUGCCUUCUACCUACCUUUUGCAGGGACACAGUCUGCAAACAUCUGACUUCGGGGAAGGACCAUCAGGGCACAACAUAAUUUCGCCAGGAACUAGAAAUAGCGAUCCCGAGAGAAACCAUAAUCCGUCUGGUCCAUAUGAACAGCUUGGACAAACACAGGGGCAAAAUCUUCUGCGCAGUUCGCAAAGUGCCAAGGGAUCAUCACGCAAGAAACGCGGAAGACCGCGAAAGGACGACAAUGACCAGACCGAGGAACUUCCCGCAGAUCGACGUCGGGCGCAAAUACGAUUGGCACAACGUGCCUAUCGCACCCGCCAAGAGGGCGCACUUUUGAAAUAUGAGGCCCGGAUCACUCAACUGGAGACAGGCAUGAAAAAGAUGAAUGCAGCUAUCAGUUCAUUCGGACAGAAUUUAGGAGAAACUGGAAUUCUGGCUACACACCCAGAUCUCCAUGCUCAUAUUCGCAAUAUCCUAGAGACAUGUAAUAAUGUUUCGGAGGAAGCUGGUUUAACCACGGCACAAGAUCAGGUGCCCUAUUCUACCGCCGAGGGAGGCUCGACGUCGUCAUGUGUGCCGCAAAAACAAGGACAAGAGCACCUAUCCUCAUCUCUAGCUCCAUUGUAUUCACCUCAUCGAUCACCGGUAAUUACAUUGCUUAACCCGUCUCCGUGGUCCACGAUCGGUGAUCCCCCAAUGCCAUUAGGCCCCGCCUCGCCGCUUCUGUUCGACAUUCCCACCACCUCUGUUGUUGAGCUGUCACAGUUUAUCCGUCAGCUUCGUCUGGCGUGCGCAUAUCACGCGUAUAUUUCUUUACGCAAUUCAUCGGUCAGAUUGGAGGAUCUCAGAAGGAAGUUUCGGUUCCUUCUCAGCAUUUUGACUCGCGAGGAACUCACAUCCUAUUUUGAAGCCUCGGUACAGGCUCGAAUCUAUCCGGAGCGUAUGACGAAGUGGCAGGCGCUUCCAUUCUUUGCCGUUGGUGGAGCCGGUACUCAUUAUAUCUCCUCUUCACCAUCUGUCUCAAAUUCCCACAAUGCUUCUCAGGGGGACUACAAUCAACCCUCAAUUCGGGAGAACCCUUUAACCGAAUUCUCCCCGGAGGUUCAAGAACAAAUGGAUGGAAAGUGGUUUGAUAUUCGAGAUCUCGAAGGAUUUCUCCAGGAGAGGGGGGUUCAUUUUAUCGGCAGAGCUCCUGGCAGUUCUACGGAGGCACGACGGGGCGUAUCAAUGCAAGCCGCAAGCCCCGUGCAUUUGAUUAAAAGUAAGACCAUUGCCGCAUUGAACCAACUUCCUGAAUUAAUCUCAUCACCUAUAGGUUUGGUAGAUAUGUGCAUUUGCCUUGGUCGCUCGCCCGGAUGGCGGCCUCUCGAUGUGGAGAAAGCUCUUCGAAUGUCUUUGUGGGCAUGA